AGUCGUACCACCCGGAUUUGUAUGUGUAUCGUUGUGGAACACAAACAGUUCCGUUUUAGCUGGAAAAUCCUACAUUUCCAAGCUCACAUGAAGUAAAACUGCGACUCACUAUUGAGACAGAGAUUCAAAUUAUUAUUUUACUACACAAAGUCAACUCGAAAAGUCGGCAAAAUGAGCACACGAAUAAAAAAUAGAGAGGGCAACAGCAUCACCGGAGUUUCUUUGAUGUGUUCGGAAGUGAGCAACUCGUCGGGGCUUUCAAGUCGAUUGAACCCAUCGUUUGGCCAGGCAAGGCCGCUGGCUUUGGCUGCUGCCGCACCAAUGCGAACUGGUGGUAAGACAACUCAUCCUGCAAAGGCAAUUAUGGCAGGUGGCAUUGCCGGAGGUAUUGAGAUCUGCGUCACAUUCCCAACAGAGUACGUCAAGACCCAGCUGCAGCUAGACGAGCGGUCGGCCAAGCCACUCUACCGGGGUCCAAUUCACUGCGUCAAGCACACCGUACAACACCAUGGGUUCUUUGGGUUAUACAGGGGGCUCAGUCCUCUACUCUAUGGCUCUAUACCAAAAGCUGCAAUUAGGUUUGGUGCUAAUGAAUUCUUCAAGAAUCAAUGGAGGAGUAGACACAAUGGCUCACUAAGUAAAACUGGCAGUCUAUUCUGUGGCCUGGGUGCUGGGGUGAGCGAAGCUAUCCUCGCCGUCACUCCAAUGGAGACCAUCAAAGUGAAGUUCAUUAACGAUCAGACGUCGGCCAAGCCAAGAUUCAGAGGCUUCUAUCACGGAGUUCGGGAAAUUAUUAAAGAGCAAGGUUUCCGUGGUACUUACCAGGGCCUAACAGCAACCAUCAUGAAGCAAGGCAGCAACCAGGCUAUCCGCUUCUUCGUCAUGGACUCUCUACGAGAGUGGUACCGAGGUGGAGAUCCUAACAAGUACAUCAACCCACUGAUAACCGCUCUGAUGGGAGGCUUCGCUGGGGCAGCUAGUGUGUUCGGUAACACCCCGUUGGAUGUCAUUAAGACCAGAAUGCAGGGAUUGGAAGCACAUAAAUAUAAGAGCACCUGGGACUGCGCAGUCAAGAUAUGGAAGCAUGAAGGACCUAAAGCAUUCUACAAGGGCACCCUUCCCAGGCUAUCCAGAGUGUGUAUUGACGUAGCUCUAGUCUUUGUCAUCUACGACGAGAUUGUGAAAAUACUGAAUAGAGUGUACCCAACAGAAUGAUUGAAUCCUGACGGGAGGUCUCUCUCGUCUCUGAUCCUACAGUCCUGGAAUGAAACUAUUCGGUCGUCUUCAUGAUGCAUGACCCCCCCCCCCCCCCAUUCAUGCCCUUGUCUGUUGGUGGAAGAGUUUUUUGUAGAUCGGUCGUACAAUCCUUUAAACAUUAAGUUUAUACAUCCAUAUUUCACCGGACGUUAUCACACAACAAAUCUUUCCUGCGCCAUUUUGGGAGUCAGACUUGGGGUUGUCUCUCAUCAUUUGAAACAAUUGGGUAUUACGCAUGACAAACACAAGGAUUUCUGGCCUUAACUGUUACAGAAAGACAAGCAGGCAGACACCCUUUUAGAUUUGGCACCGAGAGAAAUUUGUCUAACACUUAAAUUAACUUCAAGGUAUACAUGUAGGUUUUGGAGGAUUGGGGGAGGGCGUACGUAGAAUUAUUUUUCUCCUAGAUUGUAGGUUUAGGACUUGGCACUUCUUUGAAGACGCUUAGUUAGAAUGAAAAAUAUAUGAUUGUAUAUUUACUACAGUAAAAUUGUUUUUAUUACCAAGUUGACAGUUGUGUUCACUUGUUAGAUUGUUUAAAUAGCAAAAAAAUUUAUACUUGUGGUAGCACAAAGUUGGCACUGAUCAGCCAUGUGAAUUUGUACUGCUUUU